UGGCAUUUGUGAAUAGCCGGAGCGUAGCGUGGAUGUUCGUGUGGCUGGUUCGCUCCUGUUUCACUGGGCCACACGGGGAAGGUAAAUAAAGACAGGACGGUCACCAGCGCAGCAUUUUUACCCGUCAAACCCCGACAACCAGAGGACCGUCCACCGCUGCCGUGUGUUCGGGGCCUGCUUUCCUCGGUCGGGUUUGGUCUUUGUUUUAACCGCAUUACUCACGGGAUAAAAGGCGAAUAAAAAGAUAAAGAGGUGACGACGUCGCCUGUGCAGAUAUCUUAAGGCGCUAGUUUGAUCCAGCCUCAGGGUGUGUUGCCAUGGCGAUGCGGGAGUUAGUGGAGGCGGAAUGUGGGGGAGCCAAUCCCCUCAUGAAACUGACUGGUCACAUGACCCAAGAGGGUGGGGCUUGGAGACACAGAUCAACGCCCACUAUUCCUCCUACUCCCAUUGAAAUAGCCACUGAAGAAGAGCUGGUCAGUGAGUUCCUGCAGGGUCCACAACGGCCUCCUCACAGUUUUGAUAUGGGUCAACUGCUGGAGGAGAUGCAACAGAUUGAUCAGCAGAACUACAGACAGGCUCCACAGAGAGCUCCCGAUGUGGCAGCUCUGGCUCUGUCUGGCGACUGGGCAUCAGAGUUCCUGUCUACUGCUGAUGCUGCCUCUUCUUCUGGACAGGCAGCUCUUGAUCCAGCUGAUGCCGACUGGACUAGAGAAUUUAUCAAUGAAGUGGCAGACCCAGGCCGCUGGGCAGAGGAGUACCUGGAGCAGUCAGAGGAAAAGCUAUGGCUGGGAGAUUUGGGAGAAAGAGAACAGGACAAAAAAUGGGCUCAAGAAUACCAGUCAGGUGAAGAACUACGACAAACAGCAAAUGAACUGGUUGCCAAAGUGGACGAUCCUAAACUACAGAACACAGAGUUCCUGCGGUUCAUUAGGCAGAUUGGCGAGGGCAGUGUGACUGUGGAGGACAGAGCAGGAAAAGAGCACACUGAUAAAGCACAGACCAAAGAGGCAGAGCACUGGGCCUCCAGCCUCAACCAGUUCCUGGAAUCAGGGGAAGGGACUGUGCAAGUGGAAACGCAAGAGGGCAAAAAGAAGAAUGACAAAAUGAAAGCUAAGCAGGCAGAGCAAUGGGCAACUCUCGUCAGGCAGGUUUCGGCAGAAUCGGCGGAGUCUUGGGUCGAUGAAUUUGCCACCUACGGGCCAGACUUUCAGCAGGCCAAAGCAGCGGUCGAGAGCGAUGUGGAUUUCUGGGAGAAGCUCCAGCAGGAGUGGGAGGAAAUGGCCAAGAGGGAUGCUGAAGCUCACCCCUGGCUCUCAGACUUCGACCAGAUGCUCAGCAGCUCUUAUGACAAGGGAUAUCAGUUUGAGGAUGACAACCCCUACCUGUCCCAUGAGGAUCCGUUUGCAGAAGGGGUGAAGCGGAUGGAGGCGGGGGACAUUCCUGGAGCUGUGCGCCUCUUCGAGAGCGCCGUUCAGAGACAGCCCGACAACCAGCUGGCCUGGCAAUAUCUGGGCACCUGCCAGGCGGAGAACGAGCAGGAGUUUGCUGCCAUCAGCGCCCUCCGCAGAUGUAUUGAGCUGAAAAAGGACAAUCUGACGGCUCUGAUGGCUCUUGCUGUGAGCUUCACCAACGAGUCGCUUCACAGACAGGCCUGCGAGACGCUCCGGGACUGGUUGAGGCACAACCCCAAAUACAGAAUCAUCCUGGAGCAGCAUGAGCGAGAGAAGCAGAGGGAGGGGGCGAGAGAGAGAGAGAAAGAGAACGAAAGAUUUGGAUCCCUUCUGCCAGAAGCACUGUUCGGUGAAGUGCAAACGUUGUUUCUGAAUGCGGCGGCGGCUGAACCCUCGCAGGUGGACCCGGAGCUGCAAUGUGGUUUGGGUGUUCUCUUCAACCUGAGCGGAGAGUAUGAUAAGGCUGUGGACUGUUUCUCUGCCGCACUCUCUGUCACACCACAGGAUUAUCUGCUGUGGAAUAAACUGGGGGCGACUCUAGCUAACGGGAACCGCUCAGAGGAGGCGGUCGCUGCUUAUAGACGCGCACUGGAGUUACAGCCUGGAUUUGUACGCAGCCGAUAUAACCUGGGCAUCAGCUGUGUCAACCUGGGUGCACACAGGGAGGCAGUGGAGCACUUCCUGGAGGCGCUUUCUCUGCAGCGACAGGCCGCAGGUGAUGGAGAAGCCGGUGCAGGUCGGGGGCCUGGUGCUGCAGCUACCAUCAUGUCGGACAACAUCUGGUCCACACUACGCAUGGCGCUGAGCAUGAUGGGAGAAAGCUCACUUUACUCAGCCGCCGACCGGCGAGAUUUAGACACACUGCUGGCACACUUCUCCCACAGAGAAGGAGAGGCGGAAUGAAGGAUAUGGUGCGAGUGUGGAGACGCCUGUUUGGGAGAGGAAACCAGAAGACUGAGGUGUACAUUUCAACAGGAGGGGCUUGACUUUUAGAGGCGCUACAGUUGAAGGAGAACAAACAGCCAUUUAGCUCCAGCACUGAAGGAUGAACUGAUAGACUGCCCUUGAGGGAAACCUAUGGUACAGUUUAACUACACCACAAUAUUGCUGCAGUUUUUUGUCACAGGUUUACGCUUACAGUUGUAAUUUUUGCAUUUCCUUAAUCUUGAAGAUUACAGUUCUUUCCAUUGAUCAGAUUUACAGCGAUAUUUCUCAUAUAGGGAAAAUAUAAUCCACACACUGUGAGCUCAAAUGAUACUUGCUUCUGUUUGAAACAGAGUAAAAGGAUGUGGAGAUAUAAUUGUUCUAUAUCGCUACGAGCCCCGUGUAAUCUGCAGGUUAUGUUGGCUGAGAGGAGGAAGGGUUGUGAGACUAAAAGACAUGUCUGUAAGCACUCUUUAUUAUCGGAUAUUUGCUGUAAAUUAAUUUGCUUAAUUGUAAAUUCUACUUGCCAUAUUGUGUAUUGUACCAUAAUUAUUCAUGUUUUGCAUAUAGCCAAUUCUAGUUGCUCUGAUAUAUGUAAAUCAAGCAAUAAAGCUUUGACAGAAAUGCUUGGAAACUUGAGGGAAAAUAAGGGUCAUAUUUCUAUAUAGAGUGCUCAGCAUAUAUAAGUACACCCCUCACACAUCUGUUUUGAAUGAAUAUUUUCUAUAGGAUGCUUUACAAUAAUAUAUUUGCGCAUGUACAUUAUUAAUCAGUACUGAAGCCAAAUUUGGAGCUAAUCUAAUAAAAUAAAUUUUGAUAACGGUGCAAAUAUUAUUAGUAGCCAAAUGUAUAUGUUAGAGAAACAUAUGAACUUUUUUUUUUAAGAAAAAACAACACAACAACACAGUUUUAUUGAGGUUUUGUAGUUUGUAAUUUUAUUAACUAUAUUUCACAUGAAUUUAAAUGUAUUACAUUUCUAAAGAUGUUCUGUGACUAUUAUUUUAAUCAAUAUAUCCGUUUAAUGAAUCUGUUUUGUUCAAAUGCACCAAAAUAUAUUACCUCACUGAGAAAUGGAUAAAAAUGGUGGUUUUCUAAAUGUGGUGUACUCAAUCAUGCUGAGCACUUUAUAUAUAAUUUUAUUUUUAUUUUGCAAGUUUAUUUGCACUUUCACCACUAAAAACCAUAGAAAGGUGUUAAAGUAGAAACUCUUGUAUCCUCGAAGCGUUAGCAUUGUGUUGCAUACAGUGCAAAAACAAAGUCUUCAGUUUCUGUUUUACAAGGAUCAUGAACAUCCUUAAAUUAAGAUGAAUUGGCUUGAGAUGCAAGAUAUGAAGAAAUGAAAGGAUUAGUUCACUUUCAGAAUAAAUAUUUCCUGAUCAUUUACUCAC